GCGCACACGUACACACAGCCGCAGGAGGCCUAUAGUUUGAACAGUGCGUCACGCGACACACGCACGAGUCAACGUACUCUCCGUGGCUUCGUCGGCACACGCGCACAGAUUUAUUUCCUGUAUCCUAUCGAUACAAACGUCUCGUUAACAACACGUCCUCUCCGCGCCGUGUCGACACAGCGGGAGCCUGUGCCCGCUGCCGUCAUCGUGAACGCGCCUCGACGUUUCCGUGCGCACGAGCAGCAGCCCCUGUUUGUUUGUGUUGAGAGAUUGGAAAUGGCGGAGAGCAGAGACCAAAGCGAUAACUCGGGCUGGCAAACGCGAGUGCGCCCUCACUGACGCAGAGAAAGGUUAGCACCCACGAGAGAUUCGCGGAGUUGCCUGCGGGGUCGCGGCUCCUCUCCCGAUGGGACGCGAGUCGGACGCAGCGGAGACAAAAAGGGGCUUUUUCGGUACGAGGUUUGGAUUUCGCGAGCUGGUUAGCGGGCUAAGCUAACCGUGCUAGCAGCCUGGCGUUAGCUAGCUCCGAGCUGUGCGUUUGAGUCCAGCUCCGCGGACUUGUUUGUCAACACGGGCUGACGGGCGACUGACAGCGAGCACGCAACUUUUCUGCCCCCGUUUGCCAAGAUAACAAACCCCGCCGGAGUUUGCGACAUGGUCGCCACGGAUCACCGCAACAUUAUGAAUCCCAAGUAACCGUGUGGAUAGAGAAAAAUAAAAACCACACACACACACACACACUGAAGACGUCUGACGCGAGCGAGUGGUUAGUUCCGCUGGUUAUGCUAAAGUUAGCCAACUGCGUGGGGAUCAAUCAGCCAGCGUGACAGUUUGCAGCGUGGACCUCGUGGGCAGGAUCUUUAUUUACAAGCGGACGACACAAACCAGUCGGAGGCCAACAGACUUCUCCCUGCACCUGAGAUGUUGCCAUGUGACAGAGCGGCCGUGGAGCCAUAAGCCCACCACCACCACCACCACCACCACUGCUCCAUCAUCCCCACUUCAAGCUGUUUACCCACCGCUGAGAUCUACCUACACCUCUACCACCCCAGUCUCCCCUUCCUCCCUUGCUCUGAGCCCUGGACCAGGCCAACCACAUGACUCACCCACUGGAGCCCUAGAUCAAGUCAGUUAAAGCUGAAAAUGAGUGCCGUAGGGGAAAACCCCCUGGAGCCUGCCACGCCAGAGUCACGCAAGAGGAAGGGCUCACCAUGUGACACAUCAGGGCAAAGCGUGGAGAAGCGGAGACGGGAGCUGGAGUGCCGCUACAUCGAGGAGCUGGCUGAGCUGCUGUCAUCCAACAUGGGCGACAUUGCCAGUCUCAGUUCCAAGCCCGACAUGUGCCACAUCCUCAAGACUACUGUGGACCAAAUCCAGCAGAUGAAACGGCGUGAUCAGGAGAAAGCCCUUCUGUCUCCAGAUGAUGAGGUGCAGAAGAGCGACAUCUCCUCCAGUAGCCAGAGGCUGGUGGAGAAAGAGGCGCUUGGGCCCAUGCUGCUUGAGGCCCUUGACGGGUUCUUCUUCGUCGUCAACCGAGAGGGCCGCAUCGUCUUUGUUUCAGAGAACGUGACGAGUUACCUCGGAUAUGCCCAGGGGGAGCUGAUGACCUCGAGCGUGUACAGCAUGCUGCAUGUGGGAGACCACAAUGAAUUUGUUCGCAAUCUGCUGCCCAAAAGCCUGGUUAAUGGCGUGCAGUGGCCACAGGAGCCGAGCCGAAGGAACAGCCACACCUUUAACUGUCGCAUGCUGAAGAGGCCACCGGACGAGUUGGAUUCAGAAAAUCCAGAGGCUCGGCAGCAGUAUGAGAUCAUGCAGUGUUUCACCGUGUCCCAACCACGGCCCAUGCAGGAGGAGGGAGAGGACCUGCAGAGCUGCCUGAUCUGUAUUGCCUGUCGGAUACCACGCGCCCAGCCUUUCAGCACUGAGUCGUUCAUCACGAAGCAGGACCCCACAGGGAAGAUCAUCUCCAUAGAAACUAGUGCUUUGCGAGCGACAGGCCGGCCUGGCUGGGAGGACCUGGUCAGGAAGUGCAUCUACGCUUUCUUUCAGACGCAGGGCAAAGAGCCCUCCCACGCCAAGAAGCUGCUGCAUGAGGUGAUGACCCACGGCACCGCCAUCAGCCCGCUGUACCAUUUCACGUUAACUGAUGGCACCCCGCUCAGCGCUCAGACCCGCUGCAAGUUCUGCUGCCCCCCCAACCCUGACGUUCAGCCCUUCAUUAUGGGCAUUCACACUAUUGACAGGGAACACAACACUGCUAGCUCUCAGGAAAACACUAACCCCAGCCUUCCACCGACCCUUGGCAGCCUUGUCCAAACUCCCUCCCGCUCCCCUUCCCUUCCUCCCGGCAGCAACUGGACCCAAGGCUCAGGCCUCUCCACCCCGGGCCUUCACCCCAACAACACCAACACCUCCCCACAAGGACAUAAUCCAGCCACACCCACAGGCUACCUGACACCCAGUCGGACCUGUCCUUUGAACAGCCCACUCACAGCAACCCCUACCUCUUUUAUGUCACCCAGGGUGCCACGGGGCAGCCCUGGGUUAGGUGGUAGCACUCGGGUACCGGGGAACCCCUUCUCUCCUUCCACACCGGGCCUCCACUCCCCAGCCGAGGAACUAAGUAGUGGAGGUAGCCUCAACAGGCAGCAGUCUGGCGGUGAUGGUAGUAGCGGCGCCAGCAGUGGGUCAACGGGGUCCUUCUCCCUGUCCUCUCCUGUCCUUCAGAGGCAAGCCAGUACACCCACCGGCCCUGCUACUCAGCCUCCAUCUUCAAAACCGCCAGAGGGAGGAGAAGGAGGGGGAGAGGACUCUGUUAAAGCCCCUCUUCCUUCUGCUUCACAGCUGGGUAACCCCAGACUCAAUCAGCUCCUGGAAAGCAAUGGGACAGGAGUUGACAACAGAAUCCACUGCACCUUAGCACCUCACCCUCCUAAACCUCAUCCUGCCCCUCAGUGCCCUGCCUCUCACAGUACUCUAACAGAACGACAUAAGAUCCUGCACCGGCUGCUCCAGGACACCAGUCCCAACGAUGCCUGCACCCCCACUGAGGAUGGACUAAACAAUAACGAUGUUGAGAUCAAGAGGGAGCCGCCAGUCAGUCCGGCUCUGACCGCAGCACCUCCCAAGUCCAGCUCCAGAGAGCCACAGGACCAUCAACUACUCCGUUUUCUCCUGGACACAGACGAAAAGGACUUGGGAGACCUGCCACCUCCAUCUGCUCUCAGCCUGCAGACAGUGAGGGUGAAAGUAGAGAAGAGAGCCAGCGUGGACGGAGUGGUCUGUACUGGGUCCACUGUAGCAGCGGGAGGUGCAUCCAAACCGGCGGGACUGUGCAGCAGCUCAGCGUGCAUCAGCCCCAAAUCGAGCUCCGUCGGAGAGAACCGUCGAGUCAGCCGCAGGGACAGCCGAGACUCCACGAUGUCUGGUGGCGCUAUUGACUUGGACCCUCUCACCCAGCUGCUGCCUGGCCUGAGAGGCCCAAGUGGGGCCAAACAGAGCAGUGAGGAUUCAACAACCCUUGGAGGAGGCCCCCAACUCCACUCUCCAGCCUCUCAGCCCCUGCCUCAGCGCCAGUCCCCCUUGCCUCAGCUGCAGUCCCCCUUGCCUCAGCACCAGUCCCCCUUGCCUCAGCACCAGUCCCCCUUGCCUCAGCACCAGUCCCCCUUGCCUCAGCACCAGUCCCCCUUGCCUCAGCACCAGUCCCCCCUGUCCCAGUCCCUUCCCCAUUUGCAAUCUCUGUCACCCCGGCUCCACUCCCCUUCUCCCCAGCUCCAACUGCAGUCCCCCACUAAGCUCCAGCCCGGCGAUGCCAACACUCCCCGCAAUGUAAAUGUGAAGAGAGAGGCUUCCGGCACUCCUAACAGAGGACUUGGUGAUGGUGUCCCACCCUCCGGCUGCAACCUCCAGAGUCCAUCAUCCUUUGAUUUCUCCAGUCCCCCCACUCCAAGUCAGACACAGAACCAGGGACAGGAAGACCCCUUCCAGACCCCCAAAGACAGCAGCAUCUUCCCAGAGGCAGAAAUUAUCAACCCUUUCAGUUCAAGCAUUGGCCUAUCCAAGAUGGAUGUGGGAGAGUCUCUGUUCCUGUCUCUGUCUGACACCUUAACCUUUGAUGGUCUUGGAACACCUUUACAAGCUCCCUUGGCAUCGCCACAAGAGCAGUGUGUGCCCUGUACGCUGGAUGAAGUGCUCGGUCCUCCGACCACACCUGAGGGCCGGAACGAUGAGAAGGCUCUGUUGGAGCAGCUCGUCUCCUUCCUCAGUGGGACUGACGAGAGUGAGCUGGCUGAGCUGGAUAAGGCCCUGGGUAUUGACAAACUGGUGCAGGGUGGUUGUUUUGACCCACAGCCCCAAGGCUUCACAACCCAGCAAUCCACUGCCACCUCAGGUUCCAUGGACACUAAACUCCACACGUACCCUUCCCAAUUUACAGCAGCCGCGCCAGCCCAGUUUCCUCCAGAGUUGGCCACGCUGGUGGGGCAACAGGGUCUUGGGUUUGGAGCCCCCCGGGGGGCUUUCCCCGGCGGGACGACAAGCGUCGGGCUGAGGCCCGGCAUGCCGAGACCGCAGGGGAUUGGCACUCAGCUCAGACUGCCACCCAACCAACUGCGCCUGCAGCUGCAGCAGAGGCUCCAGGGCCCACAGCAGCUCCAGAACAGGAUGGCGAGCAUUAAUCUGUUUCCAGGAGGAGGCCAGCAUGUGAACAUAGGGCUCCGUCAGGGGGUUCAACAACCUCAAAUACCCUCACAGCCUCCGCUGAAUGCCCAGAUGCUGGCCCAGCGUCAGAGGGAGCUCUACAGCAUCCAGCACCGCCAGCGCCAGCUUUUCCAGCAGAAGGUCAUGCUGAUGAGACAGAACAUUGCAGGCGCGCCGACUGGAGCCGCGGGGGCCACCGGAACAGCCAGGGCCCCGAAGGGUCCACCAUCAACGCCUCAACAACAGCAGCAGCAGCAGCAGCAGUUCAACUUCCCACCAGGGUACAACCCUUUGACGGGAAAAUCCCCUACCUCACCCGGUCACUUCAGCCCCAUGACCGGGGGCCCUCUGGACAACAAACUGAAUAACCAGACGCUGAUGGGCGGCGUGCAGGGUCAGUUCAGCAGCACCGUGAACGCCACAUUGCCGCAGGGCCUGUUUCAGCAGUUUGGAGGGUCUGCUAUCUCCCAGCAAGACGCAUCUUUCCCACCGGAGAUGAGCCCAACCAGCACCUUGUUGUCACCUCAAAACUCCACCUCCCAGAGUCCUUUGCUUCAGCAAGCCCCACCCCCUGGCUACCAGUCACCAGAAAUGAAGAGCUGGCAACAGACGGGCGUGGGAAGCAACAGCCUGUUCAGUCAGUCAGGACAAAGUGCGGGGCAGCCUUUUGGCCCGCAGGGGGUUUACAACAACAUGAGCAUCACCGUCUCCAUGGCCGGGGGCUCGGGUGGUGUCGGCUCAUUAUCUCCUAUGGGGCAGCCGGUUGGCAUGGGCAACAGUAACCUCAGCAGCGUCAGUUCAGUGUGCAGCGACCAGCAGGUGCAGCAGGUUCAGGUGUUCGCGGACGUCCAGUGCACGGUGAACCUGGUCGGCGGGGACUCCUACCUGAACCAGGGCUCCAUCGGAACGGCGGCCUCCCAAAAGGGCCCUGGCGUGCCGCCGGGCUCUCAGAACAACCAGGCCCAGCAGAAGAGCCUCCUCCAGCAGCUGCUCACCGAGUGACAACCCACGACCCUUCUCUCUCCCGUACUCCCUCUAACUUCUCACUUCUACGCCUCCUCCACGGAGGCCAGUGCACCGGACCCCAUUGCUGUCUCUGUCUCACCUUCUAGGAUGGAUGGAUGGAUGGAUGUUUUGUACGACCACAACAAGUAGGGCGCAGAGCGGUUUGGCUGUCGGUGGAGUUUCACAGCUGAGCUGCUUGUGCACGCAGGGGAUUCAGGGCUGGUUGUUUUACCGCCCAGUACUUAAAGAAAAGACUUGAGUCAGAAGGAGCAGCAGUGUAUUUAAACCUGCCUGUCUAAUCUGUCUGACAACCUGUCUGUCUGCCUCAGCCUAUUUAAAGGCAGUGUUGUCUUGCUGCUCAUUCCUUGGUGACCUACUUUCUGCUUCCUGACCCAAGAAAACAACUGCGACAUCAUUGUAGAUUUGCCAAGUUGUCGUCACUGUCAAAUCAGGACCGGCCUCCUUUUUAUUCAUUUUUUUUCUGAUGGGACGGUUUCUGUCAGGCCGUCAUCGCAGCAGCAGUGUAUCUUGGGAGCAUGAGUUGCAGCGUACAGCUGAGCUCAUCAUUUUAAGUGUAGGGGUAUCCCACACAGCAACACCUCUGGCUUUUUUAAAGAAAAUUAUUUUUGUUUGUUUUUUUUUUUUGUUUUCCUCUACCUGUCUCUCAGCGAUGUGGGAAUGUUAAGGUUUCAGACCUCUGUGGCAUUGUGGGAUAGAAGCUCAGUCUCAGCUGGUUCUGUGACCGUCUCUCUCUAUCAGCCUGGUGGAAGUUUGAGUUUUUCCCAAGCUCUGCUUCUUCUACAUAUUAUUCUAUUAACGUCUUCUGUUUUUUGGGGGGUUUAAUUGUUUUGUUUAAAAUCUUCUGCUCUCACCGUCGCCAUCAUCAUCAUUAACAUUUUCUUCACAAUCUUCAGAACAAGCUUUGACAACAGCCAGAAUGGAUUGGAUUGAUGGAUUGAUGGAUGGAAGACAGACGGGAUGCUGCUCAGUUUGGAACUUACGUGUCUUUCUCCCCUCGGGAGGAGGUUUUGUUUUUUUGUUUUUUUCAAAGUAUAAGAAAAAAGAGACUGUUAUGAUUAUUUAACUGUCUGUCCAUCACAUUUUACCCCUCACCUCAGCAGCUGUGAAUACAGAGCCCAGUUGGGUUCUCUCUCUAGUGCUCUCUUUAGCUCUCUCUCUCUCUCUCUCUCUCUCUCUCUCUCUGUGUGUGUGUGUGUCUUUCAUGCUAUCUCUCGGCCUAACAGUGUUUGCCGUGUGCACCAUGCAGUCGGGUAGUAUUGUACAGUACAGAAGGACAAAGACUUGGGGAUGCGCUCUCUCUCUUCUCUUGUCACUGCUUUUCCUUUUUAAAAAGAUACAAUAAGUGUAAUUACUCGGAGAUCCUGAUAAUAAUGUCAGUUAAUUUUUGGCAUCAUGAUAUUGUAAUAUCGCUUACGUGUUGCGGUGGAGGAGGAAGUUAUUCCAUCUUCUGAAAUGUGAAAGGAAAUUUCAAAGCAAUUGAUGAUGAAACUUGGAAAUCCCUCAUCCUUCGGCAUCCCAUUCAGCACUUUUUUCCGCAUUCGGGAAGAAAAAAAACAAACAAAUGGGUUUUCAUUGCUUUGCUUUCCCUUGUGGUAUCCAGGGACCUAGUUAGCCAUCUUCUCUUGCUUUCUCCUUUUUUUAUUUCUUAUGUAUGUACAUGUAAGCGAACAUGUCAGACAGUACAUAUGUUUGUAACCAUUGUAUAAAAAAAAGAAAAGCAUAAUGAUAGCGUAAACCGUGUUCGUUGCUGUGACGACGAGACCUCUGGUGAGGCUAACGGUACCGAGCCUGCAUCAACAUUUGGACCCGUAGUCACAGC